GUAGGAACGACCGCAAAUGCAGAUAUAAGAAUGAUGAACCUCAUGAUACAACACAUGACACACAGCAGAGAAACAUAGAGAGAGAGAGAGAGAUGGCUGCAGUCGAGGAAACCAGUAAGUUCUCCGAAGCAUAUCCAAUGAAAGGUGGGGAUGGCCCCAACAGCUAUGCCAACAACUCAACUUUUCAGAAAGGAUAUGUGGAUGCUGCCAAGGAACUCUUAAGCAAGGCAGUUGCAGAAAAGCUCAACACAGACGUGUUGUUAUCUUCUAACACCUUUUGCAUUGCUGAUUUGGGUUGCUCUGUCGGGCCAACACAUUUAUCGCGGUUGAGAACAUACUCGAAGCUGUGGAAUUCAAGUUUCAGAGCCAAGGGCUGAAUUUGCAGAUCCCUGAAUUUCAAGUCUUCUUUAAUGAUCAUACUCUAAAUGAUUUUAACAGGCUCUUCAAAUCCCUCCCGCAGACCAGGCGAUACUAAGCUGCGGGCGUGCCUGGUUCUUUCUACAGUCGCCUAUUUCCUAAUGCUUCUAUUAAUUUUUUUCAUUCAUCUUUUGCCCUUCAGUGGCUUUCUAGAGUACCAAAACAGGUGGUGGACAAAAACAGUUCAGCAUGGAACAAAGGACGAAUCCAUUACUCAAACUCCACUGAUGAAGUGGCAAGGGCUUACGAAGCACAGCAUGCUGAGGACAUGGAGUGCUUUCUGAAUGCCAGGGCACAAGAGAUUGCAGACGGAGGAAUGAUGGUUCUUGUCAUUCCAGGCCGGCCCAAUACUCUCCCUCAUUCUAAUUCUUUGGUAAACGUGUCCUUUCAACUUAUAGGGUCUUGUCUCAUGGACAUGGCUA